AUGAUUUUCUUCCAAACCAGAUGUUUGCCAGAGAGCCACACAGUUACAAAUAUAGCAAAGGUCCUUAGAGAAGCAGUGGAUGAGUGGAGCCUUUAUCCUAACCCUCCGCUUGUUUCUGACAAUGCUUCAAAUAUGUUUGUGGCUGCGAAACAGUUUGAAACUGAACUGCAUUUGGGUAGCUUUGCCCAUACUCUGAAUUUAGCAUGUGGAAAGGCUUUGAAACUUCCUACAGCUUCAAGGCUUCUGGCCAGGAUGAGACGAGUUGUAUCUUAUUUCCACCGCAUCACUACUGCAGCUACAAUUCUCAAAGACAAACAGACACUUCUGCAACUGCCAGACAAUAAACUUACUAUUGAUGUUUCCACUAGGUGGAACUCAGCCCUUGAUAUGAUAAGCAGGUUUUUGGAACAACAACCAGCUAUAUAUGCAGCUCUUACAAGCAGAGAGCUUCGGGGGAAGGAAAAAGAUGUUACUACGUUGUCAGAAUCUGAAAUAACAGCUGCAGAGGAGCUGGUUGUUGUCCUUAGUCCACUUAAGACAGCUACCACUGCACUUUGUAAGGAAAGUGUUCCUACAGUAUCUCUGAUAAUACCUCUGCAGUAUCAGUUGGUAACAAAUAUUCUGCAGGAGAAGGAUAAUGACACUGAGUUGAUCAAGGCUGUUAAGAAAGCCAUAGUAGAGGAUUUAUCAGCACGGUAUCAAAACCAAGACACUAGAAAGGAACUGGUAUUGUCCUUACUGCUUGACCCACGGUUUAAAUUAGCACCAUUUUUGACAGAGCAGGAAAAGAUGGAAGCAUACUAUGACUUAACAGUUAAUAGAGCGAUUUCUGUUUUGCAGGCUCAGUCCGAUAAAGUUAAGGUGAAAACUCAGAAAGAAGAGCCUACUUAUUCGCCUACAGAUUAUACGUCUAAUCCAUCUACAGUUCCGCCCCUACCAUUGUUACCAAAGUGA